AUGGACGCGAACAUCGGAGAUCCGAGGCUGACGCCAUCGGUGGAGCGAGCGUUCGAGGUGCAGCCGCUGCCGGGGUUCUGGGGGAUAGUGACGUUGCGGGCUAUGGUCGUCUCGGCGGUGCUGGGGGUCGUCUUCUGCUUCGUGGCGCUGCGCAUCCACAUGACCGCCGGCAUCGUGCCGGCGCUCAACAUGCCGACGAGCGUCCUCAGCUUCUUCUUCCUCAAGUGGUUUGUGGCCCUGUUGCAGAGCUGUGGCAUCGCCACACUGCCCUUCACCCGCCAGGAGAAUAUGUUCGUCCUCACAUCCAUCACUACCUGCAUUAACAUGGCGCUUACAGGUGGCUUUGCAACGUACAUCAUUGGAAUGACGACUGCAGUAGCAAAAUCACUUGUUGAUAACCCAGAUCAGAAAGAUAUCAUUGAAGACCUGCCGACAGUAAAAUAUACGCUAUUCCUUUUCCUCAUUGGGUUUGCCUCGAUAUUGUGCAUUGUGCCGUUUACGCAGAUCAUGCUUAUCGACUACAGAUUGUUAUUCCCAUCAGGUUCGGUGACAGCUCACCUUGUUAACAGUUUUCACACCCCUCAAGGUGCUUACGUAGCAAAGCUCCAAGUUGCGACUCUCCUUAAAACAUUUCUUGGUAGCUUUUCUUGGUCCGUGUUCCAAUGGUUCUACACGGCAGGCAAUAAUUGUGGAUUUCAAGCCUUCCCAACUUUCGGACUGGCACUAUAUAAGCGCAGAUUCUACUUUGAUUUCUCUGCAACAUAUGUUGGUGUCGGUAUGAUUUGCCCAUUUAUGGUAAACUUUGCCUUGCUUUUUGGGGCCAUCUUGUCUUGGGGAUUCUUAUACCCUUAUAUUGAAAGCAAAAAAGGGCAAUGGUAUCACACCGAUAGUCCGACAAGUUUAAAUGGAUCGAAUGGAUAUAAGGUAUUCCUUGGAAUAACAAUGAUCCUUACGGAUGGCAUUUUCAACUUUCUCACACUCAUUACUACGACCUCGAUUGACUUCUACCACAAAAGGCAAGAACAAGAUUCAGGAAUGACUCACUAUAUCAAGAAACACCCCAGCCUUAGCUACGAUGACCGUAAAAGGAUUGAAUUAUUUCUUUCCAGUAAAAUCCCUCUUCCUCUACCAGUGGUCGGAUACAUCGUAUGUGCAAUAAUUUCUGCAGCUGUUAUCCCUUCGAUCUUCAGUCAGAUAAAAUUUUACCAUGUAGCAGCACUAUAUGUUGUUGCUCCGGUUUUUGCCUUCUGCAAUAGCUACGGAACAGGACUCACAGAUUGGUCAGCUGCACCAACAUAUGCCAAGUUCACAAUCUUCAUCAUCGCAGCAUGGAUCGCGCACCCUGGAGCGGUUGUUGCUAGCCUUGUAGCUUGUGGGAUUAUCAAUGCAACUGUUCAUGUUUCAUCACAGGCUAUGCAAGAUUCCAAGACAGGUUACAUGACACUGACCUCACCACAAGUUAUGGUAACAGGGCAGAUCUUUGGUGUCAUACUUGGUUCAAUUAUUAAUCCAAGCAUCUUUUACGCAUUUAAAACUACUGCCAAGCACAGCGGCAUUGCCAUUGGAUCAAAGCACUCUGAGUACCCAUGCCCAUAUUCUGGAGUCUAUCGUGCCAUUGGGAUAAUUGGCAUGGGAGGGGUGAAGGAGCUACCUGAACACUGUGUUACAUUUUGCACGGUUGCCUUCUUCAUAACAGUAGCUGUAGAUGUACUUAGACUGGUUUCUCAGAAAAAAGGUUGGAGUAUACAAAUGUAUAUUCCUAGUAUGACAGCGAUAGCAUUGCCAUUCUUCACCGGAUCCUACUUCACUAUAGCUAUGUGCCUAGGUAGUGUAGUGUUGUUUGUGUGGAAUAAAAUACAUAGUCAAAGUGCAGAGCUAUUGUCGUCAGCAGUUGCAGCAGGCUUGAUAUGCGGAGAAGGACUAUUUUCAUUACCAACUACACUACUAAGCAUGGCCGAGGUGCACCCACCAAUCUGCAUGAAGUUUCUUCCGAGUGGAGAAGAACUUGGGGAGGUGGAUAGAUUCCUAAGUAAAUUGGCUACAUCUGCGAAGUCAUGA